UUUACCUUGAUGUUCGUUUAAUUUACUCGGAAACUUGAGUGUUAUGUUCAUUUCAUUAGAAAUUAUUUCAAAGCUAGAUCAUUUGGAUUACAAAUGUUUGCACACGGAGAGUAUAAUGAUUGCAAUUUUUGGGGACGAACCAAUUAUUGCCUAAAUAUCAUGCGUCUUUUAUCAUUUUGCAUGUGCGUGAAAAUGUCAGAAUAGAAGUAUUGGAACACGUAGAAUCGUCGUUUUAUUGACAAUGUAAUGCCGUUGACUAUUGUAAUUACAUUUAUAUAUUUCAUUUAGUGCUGAUUUACGGAUUGCAACAGAUGUAAUGAGACGAACAAAAGUGUAGUGUCGGUCAGUUAGUGUUUGACAGCCGGUAGGCUAGUCGUAGUGACUUACGAUUGCCUUCCUAUAAAAAUGAACAGUCGCAGUAGUGUAAAUGAAACAAAUUUGGUGAAUUAUUCGGCGGAUUUGUCGACUUUAAACCAACUAGAUACAAAAGAGUCGUUGCUGAGUUUUCCUUUCGAUCAUAUUUACGCUUGUCACUCUGAGAGCGCAGAUAGAAGACAAACGCUAACACUUGAUAAGGAAGUGGAAAUAUCCACUCACUGUGUUGUCUCCGAGGAAAAGGACCUUGUAGUCGGUUCUAAUACAGAGGUAACCCAACUCUCAGAUAGACUCACAGAAGCUGUAAAUCAAAACAAGAAAUUAAAAGACCUCCUUCUCUUUCACUUGGAUUUAAUACAACAGCAAAACGAUUUAAUUACAAAAAGGGAUAAACAAUUUCAAGCACUAAGACAAGAGAAUGAUACACUACGGACAAAGUUAAAUCGGAUGGACAAAAAAGUUACUAUUAAUCAGAGACCUAACCUAAACUUACCACCUCCAUCUGCCAAUGUUCCAACACCAGCUGUAACAUCUACUGUUGUUAAAAGUGAACCAAACCAGGUUAUGUUUAAUAGUUUAACAGAACUUCUACUGCCUGAUAAUAGAACAAACCCUUACUAUUUCAAUAGUGAUUUAAAUAAAAGUAAAACUUUAACACAAGAACCCUUUAAUUUACCAAAAGUCACAGAGACAGAUGUAACAAGCUACUUGCCUAGUGAUUUAACCGUGCCGCCUAUGUCUAUUUUGGAUACUAAUAUAAAUUUGGGUGAUAACUUCAACAUGAUUGAAAAUAAACCUUUUGUUAAAAAAGAAGUGAAAUCAGAGUCCAAACCUGAACCACUGUAUACUGUCACAUCAAAUAGUGGAAAUCCAAUUAUUCAGAAAUUGCCUAGAAGCCGCCGUCGAACUGGUAGUGGCAUAGGUAGUUUGAGUCGUAUGCCUAAGAGUAGUGCGACAAAGACAGAAAAACCAGAAACCAGUAAACCAGCUGAAAGACCAAAAAAAUAUGAGAGAACAAACUAUAGUGUUCACAAAAAGUCAAAAAUGAUAAACACUUACGGAAAAACAAAGGGCCUUAAUGCCUUUAAGAAAACAACUCAGGUUACUGGGUCACUCUCAGAAAGACUUAAAUUAAUAGACACUACUCCCACUGGUGAAGAUCCAUACCAGCUUGGUGAAGCAGAUCUGAGGGAGCAAUCUCCAAUACCAAAACUUAUGCUCCAAAAGAGUAAUCGAAAUAGACGUUGUACAGAAACAUCUACAAGACGUAUUUAUGAUCCAGCUAUUCCAGAAACCAGCAAUAAACCAGAUAACAAAGUGAACACAGAUAGGUUCAGCUCUACAAAUACAUUUCAUGACACAAAGAUAAAGAAAGAUGAAACAAAAACUGUUAUUGUGGAGGAACCAGAUUUAGAUAUUGUAAAAACUGAACCUGAAAUCGAUUGGCGAACCUAUGCCUCUACCAAAGCUGGAAAUGAAACUAGUUUAUGUGAUUUCUCAUAUGGCGAGAAUCCUAACAACAUACACAUUCCCUCAAUAGAUUCUAUGGAAUUUCAAGAUUUGUUUGCACCAGACGCUUCACUAAACUUGGAUAAUUUAACUGCAGCAGAUUUUGGUAUAACUGAUAAACCACCGGCUGAUAAAACUAAAAAACGAGUUGGACGCACACCAAGCGUAAUGACACCCACCAUUCCCUUUGAAGAACCACUGGCACCAAUAACGCCCGUUCUACCAGUGGUAAAUGCUGCUCCAGAUGUGCCAAUUGAAAUGCCAACAAAUAAACGCGGCGGUGAAAGCAAACGAGGAAGAAAACGUGCUUUCUCAGCGACUGGUGUGACAAAGGGGGUAAAACGUGAUGCACAUCCAAAGCCCUCAGUUCCGAAACCAAAACCAGUCAGGGGAAAAACUACUCCCCGAGGAAAAAAGUCUCCUGUACCUGGAAAAACGACUAAAAAGUCUUAUCACUCUCUGAUGGGUGACCCUGAUAUUUCAUGGUACUUGGGUUUGGACCCUGAUGUAAAACCAGAGGAUGUAGAUGAGCCCCGUGCUAAAAAAGCCGCCACUGUCGAGGUACCUCGAUGGCGUGAAAAACCCUAUACUAGUUGUUAUACACUAGAGGGUACUGAAAAUUUAGAUGAUAAAGUUUUUGAGAAACGACACCAAAAACUGGAAGCAGAAGAACGUCGACAGCUUAGAUGGCACAUGCGGCGCAUUCGGGAGCAAAGACACGUGGAACGACUUCGUCAACGUCAGCGAGAUUGGUGCGGCAAUUCUUCCUUCUCUCAGCAACCCUCCGUCUACACAAUAUGGCCUCAGCCUCAGCGAGACGCUCGAUUCAUCGAAAUCACCGAUAUGUUGCCUGUUAUGGCAUUUGGAGAAAUAUUGCCCGAUUUGCCAGAGUCUGACUUCAAGCUGCCUUGGAUUAGAAGUUCAAGAUGUUUAAAGCGUUCGAAAAGAUCAAAAACAUUACACUAACAGUUUGCAAUAAUCUUUAUUGAAGUGCAUAGUGUAUGGACAUUUAAAAAAUAUGUUCUUCAAUAAAGAUUAAAAUAAAUAUAACAUAGACAGUCUACAAAUAGGAAGUGAAUAAGAACUGAAACAAACGACAUUUAUAAGUGUCAUCUACGAUUUUGUCAGCUACGAUGCAUCAUGGAGUAUUUGAGCUCUAUUAUAAACUAUCUAUAAAAAUGUUUGAAUCGUAUGUGUAAAUACUUGAUUUUACUUUUUAACGUUUAGCAUGGAAUGAACAAAUAACAAGUGAUAUAAAUAAGGAUAUUUGUUAGAUAAUUUCUAAGAAAAAGAAAAAAAACAAAGCUUGUUGUUUAGUACAUAUUGCUGUUCGUAUAAGUUAUCGUCAUUGACAUUUUACGUCACUCUUACCGAACGAUCUUUCUGAACGGAAGUUUCACGUCGGAGAUGACGUCAUUUGUCAGUUGUUGUUCGUGUAUGUAACUGUGUGAAAUAUCUGUUUAAACGUGAUGGUUAUCAGUGUAAAUGCGUAAACCAUAGUAUUAUGUUAGAUUUGUAGGGAUAAUUUAUUAAUGUACCAUUGUUGUUUUUGAAUCGGUAGCUAGCUAUACGGUGUUUUAAAGAUUGAUAUUUUCACUAUCCAUAUACUAUCUAUUCAUUAAUACUGAUAAGAUAUAAAAAAAAAACUUACGUAUUUAAAUCUAGUUCUGUUGAAUUGUAUAUAUAUGAAGUAUUAUUAUGCACAAACGAUGGAUGUAAAAAUAAUAUGAAAAAUAGGCCUUCGAAGCGAGAUAAACAGCUUCUCUGUAAAUUAGUAUUUGUAAAAAAAAUAUUGGUAAAACAUUGUGAAUUUAAUUUUAAUUUGUAAAUUAAUGAAUCGAUAUAUAUUGCAGUAGUAAUGGUGAAAUUUUUGAAAUUGUGCUGUUACUCACAUAAUUUUCAUUGAUAAACUACUUAAAUUAAUUCGAAUGAAAUUAAGAAUUAAAUAGGUAGGUAAUAGGUCGGUCCACCUCGUUUUGGGUACGCUUACCUGAGGGGGCUGGAAUCUCCGUUAGUCAUUAGAAAUGUUGUUUAUUGAAUAAUUUCCAUAAAAUUUGAAUGAAAUGAUAGCUUUUUGUGAAUAUAUUUAAAAAUGUAUUUAGUUAAAUAUAGGAAAAAUUAGGUUAGAAACGUAUUUUAGUUAAUUGAAAUGCUACAUACAAAAAACAAUAUGUAUGAAAUAUAAAUGAAAUUCGUACGGUAAUGCAAUUAUUAAAUUUUAAUAACAAAGAUGUUGUAUAUGUUCAGAUUUCGAUUUUGAAUAAGCACACAGUUCAAUUGAUUUAUCUUAUCAAAAUUUUGGCACAUAAAUUUCGACAACCUCCUCUAAACAGUGGUUUAUUUUGCGUUUCCAGACGCGCGCGCUGACAAGAAAAAGCAAAGAUAAAUUAAGUGAAAUAUAAUUUAAGUCUGGAGGUAGGGAGUGAAUUUCAAGGCAAUUAAAAAACUUAUGAAGUGUUUCAUAUUUAAGUUAAGGUUUCACGAUCUGAAAAAGUGGUUUGGAGGAUUAGUAGCUUAUCUGUUUUUUUUUUUACUAAGAAGUUUUGUCAAUUUCAAUUGUCACAUACUAAAUAGGCAACGUAGGUGGCUAGUAGAACAUCUUCCCGUCUCUUUAUGGGCAGUGAGAUAUGACAUCAGAAACGGACUUUUUGGCGGGAAUGCGAGGAGUAAAGUGGUGUUUUUUUGUCUAUUUAGUAUUCCUUCAGAUUUUAAUUCGUAACAACAGUGGCUUAUUAACUAUUUAGUAUCUCAAAGUGCACAAAUGUGGGGAAAUUAAACAAAGCCGCUGAACGUAACUUCUCGGGAUUCUCUAAAAAGUCUCAGUAAAUGACCACCAUUUUACCGAGAUAAUAUUUCAUCCCAUCUCAUUUCAUGCCAUGUUUUAUAUUAAUCAACUUCACUUCAUAAUAUCAUUAUUCAUAUAAAAAUGAUUCUUUAAAUUAAAAUAAGACUUGAUUUAAAAAUCUUAGUUACCAGGUCAUAAAAUUCCGUGCGGUCAUAAAAUUUAGCGGUGAGCAUUCUUGUUAUUAUGAUAUUUGUCAACUACCCCCACAUCCAGGUUUUGUAAAAUAACUUAUUUGAUUGAAUAGAUUUAUAAACUGAUUUCUAUUGACGACUUGAUGACGAUUGCACCCACUUUACAACACAGCGACCGCGAGUGCAGGUUUAAAAACUUGUUUUUGGCAUUAGAUCGAAUACAAGCUUUUUUAAUAAAAGCUUCACACGAAACAGUCCCAAACUAGGAUGUUUUUGGUAUGAAUGGACCCGGAAAUAUAUGAAAUAAAAACGAAUGCACCCUGGCUCCAAAUAGCAAAUAUUUGUCAUAAAAGCUGACUCCGGCCGAAAACUGAUUUGAACACCUUGGUCCAGUAGUCAGGGUAACUAACCAAUUAUUCAACUGAUUCAAUAAAUAAACAGCUUUUGUAUGAUGUUAGAUGAACCCUCACAGUAACACAAUAUAAAGCUGCAUGAUUGUAAUCAAACAUUAUUUAUCAAAAAAAAAAAA